GCUCAGAUGUCCCUGCCGGAGUGGCACAUCGCGGUGAAGCUGGCGGAUCAGCCGCUGGCUCCCAAAUCCAUCUUACGAUUGCCGGAGACAGAGCUGGGAGAAUGCCCGCUCGGUGGGUGCAGCAUCUCGUACCUCAAGCAGCUCAUCACCGGCAAACUGCAGGAGUCAGUACCAGACCCUGAGCUCAUCGAUCUCAUCUACUGUGGCCGUAAGCUGAGGGAUGACCAGACGCUUGAUUUUUAUGGCAUCCAGUCCGGCUCCACUGUUCAUGUCCUGCGCAAGUCCUGGCCUGAGCCUGAUCAGAAGCCAGAGCCUGUGGAUAAGGUGGCAGCAGUACGGGAGUUCCGAGUCCUUCACACUGCCCUGCACAGCAGUCCUGCCUACAGAGAUGCAGUCUUCAAAAUGCUGGGGAACAAGGAGUCACUGGAUCAGAUCAUUGUAGCUACUCCUGGCCUCAGCAGUGACCCUGUUGCUUUGGGAGUCCUACAGGACAAGGAUCUCUUUUCAGUGUUUGCAGACCCCAACAUGCUGGACACGCUAAUCCCAGCCCACCCCGCGCUUGUGAACGCCAUUGUCCUUGUUCUGCACUCGGUGGCUGGCAGCACCCCGCUCCCAGCCCCGGAGACAUCCUCCCGAGGCAUGUCUUCUGGCUCCUACCGGGACAUGCCAGGUGGCUUUCUAUUUGAAGGUCUCUCUGAUGAUGAAGAUGACUUCCACCAAAGCACAAGAUCUACACCAUCCAGCAGCACUUCUGGUUCUCGCCCAGCUUCCCUUGGCUACGCCGGGGCUGCUGGACCCCGGCCGAUCACGCAGAGCGAGCUGGCGACUGCCCUGGCACUGGCAAGCACCCCAGAGAGCAGCUCCCACACACCCACCCCUGGCACCCAGGGUCACUCCUCUGGGACCUCCCCGAUGUCAUCCAGUGUCCAGUCAGGAACACCCAUCACCAAUGACCUCUUCAGCCAGGCCUUACAGCAUGCCCUGCAGGCCUCAGGGCAGCCCAGCCUGCAGAGCCAGUGGCAACCACAGCUUCAGCAGCUGCGAGACAUGGGCAUACAUGAUGAUGAGCUAAGUCUCCGUGCCCUGCAGGCCACUGGAGGAGACAUUCAGGCUGCCCUGGAGCUCAUCUUUGCUGGUGGGGCUCCCUAGCUUUUUGGGCAGGAGAAGCUGGACUGGUGAGUUGCACUGAGGCAGCUGUGACAUUCGUUGGUCUGGAACUUGGCCCUGAAACCCUCCUCUGCACUGGGGUUCCUCUUUCCAGCAUGGAGCGGUUGGGGUGGCUGCUCCUUUCCUCGCAGGUGGGCAGUGUGCUCCUGUUUGAGAGCACUGCCCAUGCUGAGGGCAGCUCCUCCAGCUCCAGGUACCUCUCUCCAGCCUCCUGGCCACCAGAGAUGAGACCUCAGAACUUUGUCCUGCACGGAGAAAAAGGUGGCUCUGUGUCUUGGAAAGAUGUGGCACCUACGGUUCUGCAGUCUUAAAUCUGUCCACGCAUUCUUCUGCCUGUUGUUUCAUUCCUGCCCACUUGACAUGCCUCAGUCUAUCUUGUUUUGCUGUUGUGGUCCCUCUGUGUUUAACUGUAUUAAAUGGACUGUAUCCACU